GUUGGCUAUUUCCUCGACGAGGACACAAACUGGAGCCUUGACAUUGGAGAGCUGAAACGUGCGGUAGAUGCAGCGAGGAAGGUGUGUGAGCCGCGCGCGCUGUGUGUGAUCAACCCAGGCAACCCGACAGGGCAAGUAUUGACGAGAGAGAACAUUGAGCGCACGAUCAAGUUUGCAAAGGAGGAGAAGCUGCUACUAUGUCCGAUGAGGUCUAUCAAGAUAAUAUCUAUGCACCCGAUCGGGAAUUCCAUUCAUUUAAGAAGGUCUUGACAGAGAUGGGAGAGAAUAUGCUAAUAUGGAACUAGCUUCCUUUCACUC